GUCCGAUCUACGGGGAACUUGCCUUCCAGUGAAAAGUUUCGUCAAUUCACGGGGCGAUGAACCUGGUCAUCCCACGAGCAGGCCACGCUGAAGCUGGAGGACAGUUGGAAGGCAUGUAAAGGUGGGACGUCAUUGUCCAGGAUUGGGAUAUUUUGGUUCAUUUAUACAAUUGAGCGGCUCAGAUAUAUGAUUCUCCAGGUCUAACCUUAUUUUUCACGUAGUACGUCCUUAAGCACGCUUAUCGUUUAACAUUUGCUGGGCGCUGUUCGUACCACGUCGUUGUCGCGCGUAAUUGCGGAUACUUGAAUAGAGCAGGCAUCGAAUUGUCUCACCGUAUCGAUACGUCUUGACUGAAGGUGCUCGGCGGAAAACGAGACACUAGACUGCUCACACGAGGGAUACGCUUCAGUUCAGCAGCUGUCGUCCAACAUGUCUAGCCAGUCAAACGGGAACCGAACAGCUGAUACCAGCGCAAUUGAUGCGAGGAACGAUCCAAAGCAUUCUGAACAAAGAGACGUUUCUGACAAUGAGAACCUUGACUCUGCCGACGCUGCGAACGAGAAACGAACGGGUGGAUUCCCGGCUGUCGGGAAAGCGAUGGCACCGAUUACCCAGCCCGUGAACUACACCAUCAAAGGAACUACUCGCACGCUCAACACGACAGUCGGCGUGACAACCAGCGUGGCGAACGGAGUCAUCAGUGGAACGUCAAGUGUCCUUGGAAACACUGCCGACGCCGUGCUUCCAAAAAAUACGGGCAAGCCGGUUAAGAACCUCACGGACGGCCUGAGUAAAACUACGACCUCGGGCACUCGUGGUGCCCACAAGACGACGGAGGCAGCGACCAAUGGCGUCACGGACACUCUGACCGACACUGUGACGGGCGUCAGCAAUGCUGACAUUGUAGGCGUCGCGAGAGGAGCCACGGGUGGGCUUGGGAAUACAGUCUCUGGGACGGGUGAAGCAGCGGGCGACACGCUUGACGGAGCCGUGGAUGGACUUGGCACGGUUGCAGGAGGGCCCGUCGGCCAGGGCGUGUCGAAUGUUGGCAAAGGGGCCGGCAAUCUAGUGACCGGACUCGCCACGGGAGUCGGCGACGGCGUCACCGAGCUAGGAAAGGGAGACGUGCCAGGCAGUCUGCUCUCCAUUGCCGGCGGAGUCGGCCGUGGAGUCGGAGGUCUUGUCACGGGAAUUGCUGGAUACGGCAGAAACCAGAAGAGUGACAGUUCGUUCUUUGGCGUUGAUCUUGGCGAUCAAAUCGGAAAGCUUGCGGCAAAGGGAGACGUGGAUAAGAGAAAAGCCGAAGCAGAGAGAAAGAACGAAGAUACGGUGGGAGUGCGAGAAUAAUUUAUGUCCGACUGUCCAUAGUGCCGCUGUCGUCUCUCCGAUCUACAGCGUUUAUACCCUCCUUCAGCUUCGAACAUGUGUGGUGUAUUCUUGGCAGUUUGUCGUUCCUCUAUCCAGAGGAGAAAAGUAUGGGGAUAAUCAGGCACGUGAAUUUCAAGAUUGAAAAUCUUGGCGAUUUCUAUCCUA